GGUUGUGCUGUCUGCGUGUUCUGGGAGGGUGAGAUGAAGCUGAUAUGAGGUCUGCUGGCCUUUAAAAACAUAUGGAACAGCACACAGUGUGGUGAGAAACAGGGCGCCGAGACCACAGGCACCAGACUACGACAGCCUCCUGUGCAGCCAUGGCCUCCAGUCUUCCUCUCCUCCUGCUGGUCCUGUGCAGUCUGACUGAGGCUGAAGCCCAGCUGAGGGUCUUCAACCUGCGAGCCAGCGAUCUUCCUUCCAACCUCGUGGGAACCACAGACGGCUACGUCGAGGUGUUCUGUGGCCCCGGCUCACUGGGCAAAACGUCUGUUCGCAACAACAACCCCAACCCCUGGUGGGAGGAGGACUUCACCUACUUCCAGGCUCAGGAGAACGACGUGCUGAGGCUCGAGGUUCACGACAGCGACUUCAUCUUCGAUGACCUGCUGGGAGUCUGCCAGCGUCGGUUGAAGCCAGGAAGCUAUGAGCACGACUGCUACCUGGAGAAAGGAGGGACCCUCCAUUACGCCUACACCCUCGGCUGAAAGAGUCAUUCGUCCCUGGCCUUCUGUCUUUCUGUGCAACCUGUGAUCUCUCUGGCUUGCUCUGAGCAAUGUUUUCAUCCUAAUGUAUGCAAUGCAAUAAAAAGACACAAUAAAAACACAUCA